AGAGUUGGAGAGAGGCCGAAGUUAGCGGAGCGAACCCGGGACCAGCGGGAGGAAUAGCGUCUUCCAGCGCUCUCCGUGCGGGGUCUGAAUUCGAGACUGUGCUGGGCUCUGUGUGUAGGGUUGGACACCUGAAGACACCGAUUAAAGUUAAUUGAUGCUGCCUGACCUGUUGUGUUUUCAGCAUUUCCUGAUUUGACUACAAAUGUCCUCCUUUGGCCUUAAAGCUACCCUGUGGCCGUGAGAGAGAGGGAAGGGGAGCAAUCUCGUUGCUUCUGCCUAUUUCUUACCCGGAUCCAAGGCUGAGGCUACACCAGCAGACUUGGGUGUUGCGCGUGGUCCUAACCCAGUCGUUAUGGAUGAUGAAUGUUUCCUCCUCGUAUGCGAGGAUUCGAAACUCUUCACGUUGAAGCGAUGAAGUUAAAAACCUACGUGAAAGUCCUUGCGCUUGCGUUGCUCCUGGCGUCUGCUUUUCUGAUGUUACGUUUCCACGUGACCUGGGGACUGACCCAGGAAUCCAGCCGGUCAGUGGGGGACCUCCGCAACCUGCUGGAGCAGGUGAAGAGCAAGGAAGAAGACCAGAUCGCCGACAGGAGUUCCGGGAUUGACUUUGAGGCGCUGCACAGUUGGCAACAUGAGUCUCCUCCUUGUAAGAAGGGGCAGGUCCUUCUGGUCCUGGUGACAUCAGCCCAGUCCAACAUUGACCGUCGGAAUGCCAUUCGCAACACCUGGGCGCUGGAGCGGUGGGAGAGUCCCUUCCCCUGGCAAGUGGUGUUCCUGGUUGGCUGGGCCUCGCAAGAAGGAGCAGCCGACACAAUCCGAUCGGAGCAGGACGAGUUCCAGGAUCUGCUGGUCGGAAGCUAUCUGGACACUUACAGGAACCUGACGCUGAAGGUCAUGCACGGGUUGAAGUGGGCAGUGAGCACCUGCCGGCCCACGUACAUCCUCAAAACUGACGACGAUUGCUUUGUGAACACGGAUAGACUGCCUCGCUUUCUGGUCAGGGACAACCCAGUUCGAACCAGGCUGUACGUGGGCUCUCUGUUCGCGGCCGAGAAGAGGGAAGUCAUCCGGAAUCCUUGGAGCAAAUGGUACGUGUCGUGGCAGGACUACAGGAAGGAACGCUACCCUCCCUACGCAAGUGGGGUGGGCUAUGUGCUCUCGCUGGACGUUGCUGCUGCCAUCCUGAGGGUGGCGACGUCUGUCCGCCCGAUUCCCGUCGAGGAUGCCUACGUCGGAAUCCUGGCAGAGGCGGCUGGAAUUCCGGCGCUAUCGAGCAGCCGUUUCACCAAACACAACGUGAACUGGAGAGUGUGCAACUACAGUUUAAUUUAGGUAUUUUUUCGUAAGCUCGGUGCCAGAAAGUCUGGAGGGUCUCCAAGCAAAACGUAAGGUUUUCCGGAUGUGUUGGUGUAUAUGCAUUUUUAAUGAGGUUUCACAACCCUGGAAGUAACGAGAUGGGUUACAAAGGGGUUAGCCGUUUAGUGAUUUUUAUCACAACAAAGUAGAAAAAAACUGUGCUGAUGCCUAGUGACAGGGGUCUAGUGACACACAGACUGACACAGGGAAAGACAGAAGGGAAGUUCGGAGAGUGUAUGUCAGAGAGGGAAGACAGGAGUUCAAAGCUCUCUGAUGGGAAGUACUGCAAGACUGCUGGGGGACUGAGUUUAGGGAGUGCGUGUGUUUUCUCUGCAGUUGAGGUAACUGAGUUUUUGGCGUGUAAGUUCAGGGAGAGACACCAGCUGGGGAAAAAGCAUCGAGUGAGUGCUCAGAAAUCUGCUGGAAGAAAACCAUUUCCAACUGGGACAGCCCAAGCAAGAAGCAUUGGUGUUAAGGUGGUGGUAAGUCUUCACUGGGUUUUUGUGCCUGUGAGGGUAUUUCUGGGAUAAAAGGAAUAGUGUGAGUUUGAAUCAUUUUCUGGUGUUUGUAUUGAGACCUUUACAACCUUUUUCUGUCUGGUGUGAGAUUGUUCAUUUUUUCUUGUUUAAAAAAUGUUUUAUUCUUUAUGUUAAAAGUUAUGUUUAAAGUAAAUUCCUGUGAAUUUGUUCAGUAACUUUCCUCCACGGUUUCUAAAAUAAAAACAAAGUUAGGAUCUACCAAGCCAGGUUUCAUCCCGGGAUCUGACUUGUCCAGUAUUAACAUCAGCUGGGAUGGUAACAAGAUCAACAGUGAUCUAAUUGAAUGGCGGAACAGACUUGAGGGGCUGAAUGGCCUCCUCCUGUUCCUAUGAAGUGGAAAGCAAAAAAUUGAGCUGAUAGCUAGUGGGGGAAAUGGAUUCAAUUUGACUCUGACUGUGCUAACCUUGUUCAUUGCCCAGUCUUGCAUGACUCAUCGCCCCCUGAGAAGUUCGACGUGGACCACACACUGAUCCAUUCAGCACGAAUUUUGUGCAGCCCCAAGGUCUUCUAAGACCAUCUUCAAAUCUGACCCCAAACAUCCACCACCGGUGCAUUGUGGCUGCAGCUGGUAUGAAAUUUCUUGGGCAACACCUCCUGAGCCUGCAACCUCCCCUGCCCAUAAUAUUGAGGGGCUACAGUUGAUGGAGAACUCCCUUUGCUUCCAGGGUUGCCCUUUAAGUCACACAUCAUCCUGACUUUGAAAUAUAUCAGCCUUCCUUGAUUGUCACUGGGCUAAUAUCUCAGCUGCAUACCUGAGAGCACCGGGUGAGCACAGGCUGCAGCAGUUCAAGAAGGUUCACCAUCACCUUGUCAAGGGCAGUGAAGGUGGCCUUGCCAGUGAUGCCCACACCCCGACAAUGAACUACAAGGAAAUCUUGGUGGGUACCAGGACUGACUUUGGUCAUGUUUCUGGAGAAUUGAGGCUGGCUGCCAAUUUCAGCCAUGAGUCAGUGGGUAGCAAUUCUCAUGUGUGAGUCAGAAGGUCCUAGGUUCAAGUUCCAAUCCUGAGCCUUGAGCACAAAUUCUAAGCUGAGGCUCCAGUGUGGUGCUGAGGGAGUGCUGCACUAUCAGAGGUGCUUUCAUUUGGAUGAUAUCUUAAAGCGUGGCCCUGAUUGUGUCGUGGUUCCUGCAGAUUGGAAAGUAGCAAGUGUUGCCCCAUGGUUUAAGAAGGGAGGGAGAUAGCAGACGGGGAACUAUAGACCUGUUAACCUUACAUGAGUAGUCAGGAAAAUGCUAGAAUCUAUUAUAAAGCAUGUGAUAAAUGGACACUUAGAUAAUAAUGAUCUGAUUGGGAAUAAUCAACUUGGAUUUAUGAAAAGGGAAAUCAUGUUUGACAAAUUU